AAUUGCAGGACAACAGUAAUAAAAAUAGUCUUAAUAGGAUGAAGGUUCAAAUCCCAUUCACUACUGGCACAAAAUCAAUUAUCCAAAUUGUUCAUGAAUUGAAAGAAGGGUCAGAAACAAAAACAUUGCCUUCUGCUUCAAAAGUAUGGGAAGCGAGAGGAUUGAAUGCAAACAAGCAGUGGAAAGUUCCUGAAGGGGAAAGAAUUUUGGAACAACUUCAAAUUGUUGAAGUGGAAAAUGCUGAAGAAAUUUCCUCAGCUCCUAUUCCACUCAUAGAACAUUUUAGGCAGGGGUUAGGACGACUCAAAGGAGGAUAUGCCCGAGGUCUUGGGUUAGGAGGACUUUCGAAUCGCUAUAUGGAACAAGAAUUAAUUAAAGCACGUGAAGAACAGGCGACAAAACGUGCUGAUGAUUUGGAGAAGAGGAUUUCAAAUAUGGGUGAUACUAUAAAAAUGCAAGACGAUUUAAUUAAUUAGUUACACAAUUUGGUUGAAGAUUUGCAGAAUCAAGUUAAUGAAUACAAGAAUGCAGGAAGCGAAAACGAAAAUGUUUCUGGGAUUAAACUAUCUGAAUCACA